GGAGAGUGGCGAGGAAGGCGACGGGAAUUUGGGAUUAACAAAGUCGCACUACUGUCAAGCAGCCAAUAGCAACCCUGAAAGAAAUGAAAGAGGUGAGUUUGAUACAAGCUCGAGAUGCCAUGCAUCAUCAGCAGUCAGCUUUGUCCCUGCUUUCUGGGUAAGCAGUCUGUCACCAAUCGAACAUUUGAGGUUUCCGAGUGUCUCUAUAUAUCCAUACGUUUGA